GAACUCAUUAAAACUCAUCACAUUUCAAUUGUAACACAUAAAAAAGAUAGAAAGAAAAUAUGGAGAAAGUUUCAAUGAUGAUCAAGCUUUUGGUUGUUUUAUGUUUAAUUGGUGAUGCUUUAUGUAAGAGCAAAAAACCUCAUCAUCACCCUGAUGACCACCCUACAAGUUCUACUUUUGAUUUUUUCUACUUUGUGCAACAGUGGCCAGGAGCAUAUUGUGAUGCAAAAGGGAAAAAAUGUUGUUUUCCAGGAAGUGGGAAGCCAACAACAGAUUUCUCAAUUCAUGGCCUUUGGCCUAAUUACAAUGAUGGUGGUUACCCUUCCAACUGUGAUAACACUAAACCUUUUGAUGAAUCUGAGAUAGAAGAACUCGAGAGCAGGCUCGAAAAAGAUUGGCCAUCACUAGCGUGCCCUAACAUAGGAACAAAGUUUUGGGCACAUGAAUGGAACAAACACGGUACAUGCUCAUCAUUCUCUAGCCAACAAGAGUACUUCCAAGCCGGUCUAGAUCUUAAGGACCAAACCAACCUUCUUCAAGCCCUUAAGGAUGCAAAUAUCGAACCCAACGAUGAGUUCUACAACGUCGAGGACAUGAAGGAGGCCAUCAAGGAGAAGAUCGGAUAUUAUCCUUGGAUCGAGUGUAACCGUGAUUCCGAUGGAAAUAGCCAGCUUUACCAAGUGUACAUUUGUGUAGAUGCUAAUGGAAAGGACCUUAUCAAAUGUCCUGUGCUUCCUAGUGGUAAUUGUGCCUCUAGAGUCCAGUUUCCUAAAUUUUAAGGUGUAGCUAAAUUGUAAUUAGGUGGUUUUUAACAGCAUUGAUCAACUUGUUAUGUCUAAUUCCUUGAAUUGGGUGAAUCAUAUUUUUCACCAUUCUCUCAAUUCAGACAUUUGUAACAUCACAUUAUUGAUUGUUUGAACGAUUUAAACUUUAUUACUGAAUAACACUUG